UUGAACCACAGCAGUACCUCCACGGACGACGAGCCACAAUACAAAGACAACACCAAAACUUCUCUUAGUCUUAAGACUCAAACAGGAACCAGUACAUCUUUCCCUGGACCUUCAAAAAAUGGUUGGAUUCGAUCCGAUCACAUCCGACCGCAAGAGCACUCAAUCAUCGCUGGCAACGCGCCAAGUUUCGAAGACUCCAGAUUGUGGCUGCAUCCAUUCCGUGCGUACGGUAGCGAGGAUGGUUGCGGCCGGCGGAAUGGGGCCAUCGGCGCGCUAUCCGCAGCCCCAGUGCAGGUUGCGUCGAGGCUUUUCUGUGGCACGCGGUGCUGGCGAAUUUGUGAGAACAUGUCUACCACCGAAAGGACGUUCAUUGCCGUGAAACCCGACGGUGUGCACAGGAACCUUGUCGGGAAGAUAAUCCAAAGGUUUGAAGAAAGAGGUUACAAGUUGGUCGCACUUAAGAUGAUGACUGCUUCUAAGCAACACUUAGAGGUUCACUACAAAGACCUCAAAGACAAGCCGUUCUUCCCUCAUCUGAUCGACUACAUGGGAUCUGGUCCAGUUGUUGCUAUGGUUUGGCAGGGUCUUGAUGUCGUUAAGCAAGGGCGUUCCAUGCUUGGCGCCACCAACCCGCUAGCAUCUGCUCCGGGCACAAUACGUGGCGACUUCUGCAUACAAACGGGUCGUAACAUUUGUCACGGGUCCGACUCAGUUGACUCGGCCCAAAGAGAGAUUGCACAUUGGUUUAAGCCCGAGGAAAUAAAUGAUUAUGAGAGCCCUUUCAUCAAGACAUGGGUUUACGAAUAG